GGUACUCGACAAAACCUGGCUGCAAUCUAUGGGAGCCGGGCUGGUGCGGCUCGGUGUAGGCGACCAAAAGUCAACAAAGAGGAGGAGGAGUACUUGGCAAGACUCCGGCAGAUUCGUUUGCAGAACUUCAAUGAGCGUCAGCAGAUCAAAGCCCGACUGAGAGGAGAGAAGUAUGACAGCGAUGGCUCAGAUAGUCAGGAGUCAACUGAGGAGGCAGAGCUCAGAAGAAGGAAGAUAGAGGCUUUAAAGGCUCAAGCUAAUGCCCGUGCUGCUGUUCUGAAAGAGCAAUUGGAGAAGAAGAGACGACAAGCAUAUGAGAGAGAAAAGAGAGCCUGGGAGGACCAUCUUUCUGCAGCUCGAGAUGUGAAGUUGGGUGUUGCAGGUGGAAGCGCAGCAGCAGACGCAUCAUCUACCUCUUAUAACCCUCUUCCAGAACCUAACCCCUCCCAACAAGACCAGUCUGCCAAAGCUUCAGCCCUGUCUGCAUCCCAACACCUCACCCCAGCUAUAUCCAUGACUGCUGCUCUGAAGAACGUUGGAGCGAUCACAUCACUGAAAGAAAACUUGAAAGAACCAGAGAUGACGACUGUGAUCCAGAGUGAGAAAAAGCAGAUUCUGCGCAGGCUUAACCAGAACCUAAAAUCUCAAAGCCCAGCAGACGAGGUGGAGGGGUCUCUUGCCCCUGCAGAACCGAACCCUGCAUCCCAGCAGAAUCAGUCCGAAGCUGACAAAUGUCCCUCUUCUAUUGGAGAUGGGAAGAAGUGGGGAGCAGCACAGCUACAUGUACUUCCUGCAUCUGAUCAAACCUUCGGAGAGAUUGAUGCCACUGCAGCAACAUUUCCAGAGGACAGGCCAUCCUCUGGUGGGGACAGGAAGAAGUGGGAGGCAGGCAUUCCACUCAUUCUCCCUGUAGCACAACAAACUUUAGAGGAAAUGUGCGUGAAUACCAUUGAUCAAACAGUAGGUGAGGUCAUACAGAUGGGCGAGCUUCAAGCAGAGGGUCCUAGGAAGAUGUGGGAAGCAAGUCCAGAGUGUCAGGUGCUGAGAGCACUUCAGGAGGCGGAGCUUCAGCCGCUCACCCAGAACCUAGAGACUGGCUCUUCAUCUGAAAAUGUGUUUUCUGCUAUUCCCGCAGCAGCUGAUGUUGAGAAAAUGCCCAGAGAAUCGUUGACGUUGUUAUCUGUGGAUCAGAACUCGGCAGCUCCAAACCAGGAUUCAGAUCAGAACUUGCCUGUGUUACAUGCACCACUGCCUCCCACUUCGACCGAUCUUAAGGAUUUAGGCACUCUGGAGUCAGUGCUUUUGGAGGAGAGUCCCACACAAGCCUCAAACCCUCUGGCUGGUGUGCAGCAAGCGUGGGAGCAGGAACUGCAAAUGCCGCCUGAGGGCAUAACAAGACCAACAGACACCAAGGAGACUGAGAAGAGUGCAGAGAAACCAACUGAAUCAUCAUCAUGUUUAGCUCAGUAUGAGGAGCCACUCUUCAUCAAGUGCUCGCCGGCUCAUCGACGCACUGCAGCCCUCGCGGUCCUCUCUGCCCAGUCGUCCAUGGAUGAAUCAUCCUCCUCUCUGGCCUCUCGCUCACGAUCUGUCUCACCUCUGCGCUCCAAGAACCAGAAUGCCCUCCUGAUUGGUCUCUCUACGGGCAUGUUUGAUGCCAACAACCCAAAAGUGCUGCGGACAUGCUCCUUACCAGACCUCAGUCGGCUCUUCAGCUCACAGCACGACUUUGACUUGACUAGCAAAGCUAAUGUGGCUCCACACAAAGACCUGGAAAUCGAGGACCUGGAGGAUGGAGCUAAAGAGGAUGACCAAUCUGAGGCUGAGGAUGGGUAUGAAGAUGAAGAUCUGAGGGACAUCAGGGCCUCCAUGGAGAGGCUGUUGCAGGAAGAAGGCAACAUGGCGAGAAGCCCCCCAGUUUUUGGAGCAGGAGACUUUAAUGGGAACCCUCCAGAGGAUGGAGACCAGGAGCUUCUCAACACGAUCACAACUGAAAUUGAUCAGGACAACAGUCUGAUGGCUGUAGAUAAUGAUGAUGAUGAUGAUGAGGAAGAUGAGGAUGAGGAAUUCUCUAAUGGGAGUCCUGGAGCUGAGGAAGCAGGGGAGUUGCUUUCUAAUGGUGUUGGAGAAGAGCAUCCCAAUAACAACAAGCAGCUCAAUGAAGAAUGGCAUUCAGAUGGCAGUGGAGAAGACCAGGGGGGUGAGGCGGACCAUCAUGACAGCAUCUUCAGUCGCCUGGAAGAGCUUCGGUUCAACCUGGAACAGCAGAUGGGUUUUGAGAAGUUCAUUGAGGCCUACAACAAGAUUAAAGCUAUACAUGAAGAUGAAGAUGAGAAUAUUGAGCUGGUCUCUGGUUUGGUGUCCAACAUUUUGGGAACUGAGCACCAGCAUCUGUACCCUAACAUCCUUCACCUGGUGAUGGCAGAUGGGGCAUACCAAGAAGACAACGAUGCGUAAUGUUUUGUGUAACAGAGCUGCUGGCAGUCAUCUGACGUCUUCCCACAACACUUAAUGUUGACAGAAGGAUCUAUGCAUGAAGUGUGGCUGCCUCACAUUUCAAUGUGUCAGGCUGGGCUGCAUGAUGUAGACCUAGACUGUACUGACCAUCAGCGCCUGGAACUCGUUCUAAACAGUGUUUACUCAGACCUGUCUCAUUGUCAGAUCUAUGUUUUAUAUAGUCAAAGUUAAUUUCAAGCUUCUGUAAAUAUGUCAUCAAAUGAGUGACAUCUAUGUUUCAG